UUGUUUUAACAUGGCAGCAAUCACACAUGUUUCUAGCAAGGUCGGGUCAUUAUAUCCAAAACUACAGCUGAGUUGUACAAGUGGCAUAGGAUCAAAAGCUUUUACAUGCCAGACCUGGAUCAGGGUACUAGCUAGCCGAAAUCAAUUCAGUGGACACAUUUUUUACACGCAGAGAAGGCAUGUCUCGCAGCAACCACAAAAACCUGGCUUCUUUGGUCAGAUAUUCCAGAAUAUCAAACAAGACUUGGACAAAAAUAAAGAAAUGCAGGACAGUUUAAAGAAGUUCCGCAAAGAAGCUGAUAAACUGGAACAGUCGGAAGCACUAAAAAAAGCUCGGCAAAAAUAUGAUACGAUUGAGAGUGAAAGCUCUUCAGCAGUGAAAGAGACGUUAGAUGUAUUGAAAGGAAAGCUAUCAGAGACUCUAGAGGAAGCAAAGAAAUCCGACAUUGCUAAGAAAGGUGCUGAAUUUACUGAGGAUCUAGCAAAGACAGCCAAAGGAGCAGCAGAAACUAUCACGAAACAAACUGCAGAAAUAGGAAAUACUCGAGUGUUCAAGACUGUGUCAUCAGGUGUUCAAGCUGUGUCAGAGGAGAUCCAAGAUACGGCCUUUAAACGUGCUAGGCAGUACAAGGCUCCAGCCAAGCUAAAGAAACGAAAAGAGGUAGGCUUUGAAAGUAAAGAGAAAGUCAUCGAGGCAGAUGAGAGCACAACUGGAAUGGAGUUACAUAAGGACUCACGCUGGUACCAGAGUUGGCAAAACUUCAAGGAUAAUAAUCAAUAUGUAAACAAGUUCUUUGAUUUGAAGAUGAAAUAUGAUGAGAGCGACAACGUGGUGAUCAGAGCUUCACGGUUGCUAACAGAUAAACUAACAGACAUGUUUGGUGGAUUAUUCUCAAAGACUGAGAUGUCAGAAGUGCUAACAGAAAUCUGUAAGAUGGACCCGAAUUUUGACAAGGAGAAGUUUCUAGUCGAGUGCGAAUAUGAAAUCAUUCCCAACAUACUCGAGGCUAUGGUGCGAGGUGACACAGAGAUCAUAAAGGACUGGUGCUACGAAGCGCCAUACAACGUACUCACACAUCCGAUGAAGCAAGCGCACGGGCUUGGCUACAAGUUUGACUCCAAGGUUCUGGAUGUUGAUCAUGUUGAUCUGGCCAUGGGUAAGAUCAUGGAGCAGGGACCGGUUCUCAUCAUCAGCUUUGUCUCUCAGCAGAUUCUCUGCAUACGAGACAAAAGUAGCAAGGUCAUUGAAGGAGACCCAGAUAAGGUCGUUAGGAUCCAAUACGUGUGGGUUUUAUGUAGAGAUCAGGCAGAGCUGGAUCCCAAGGCAGCAUGGAGAUUGCUAGACUUAUCAGCAAGUUCACAGGAGCAGUGGUUGUGAUACCACUUUGUGAUAGACCUUAGUCAAACCAAUCAUAAUGACUGUGACUCUUACAUAGGAAAUACAUGGCUAAAAUGUUAUGCGAAGACGUUCGUUGGAGUGAAGUGAUAAAAAGUAUUGUGCUAAUUUUAUCCGAGAGGUUGACCAAUUUCCUGAUAACCCAUUUGGUAUUAGUGUGAUACUAUCAUAAGAAGUCUGAUUGCUUCUCUUUAAUCUACCAACAUUUGCAUACAGUGGUAGUGUCGUGACAGCACCAGGAAGGGUAAUGGACAGCCGAAAAAAUGACAGCGUUUGGCGUACAAUGCAUUGUGCCAUGCGUUAUGUACAUGAUGUCUGCAAUAGCAUUGCUUCAUAAGAGCUAUUAGUAAAUAGGGAUGCGUACAGAUUUGCACACAUGCUAUGGAGAUUUAUGUGUCUUCUGUCAAAUGAAAGUGUUGGGAAAAUUGUCUCUGAAUAGUUGAAUGUGUCAUUGCUCACAGCAUCAUCAUUGAAAAACUUAAAAGUUACGAUUUAUUUUUAGUGCUUAUAGUAUGUAUUUAUACGGGCAUAGUAUGCUUUUUGGGACCUAUGUACAGGUUUCUGAAGUAGAUUUUUUAUAAAGUGCUCGCAUAUGGUGGCACAAGAGGACUUCUAGUAUGAGCACAUGCAAAGGGAAAUGCCAUUACACGAUAUAUAGAAUGUAAUAUCUUGAGAAGUAUAAAGUGUAUACUUUCCCUGUUUGCCGUGGUACGUCAUGCUGAUCUGUCUCACAGCAAGUGAUUGUGGUGUUUAGAACACUGCUUAGUAAAUAAGUGUGCCGUUUGGCAUGCAUAUGUGAAGAAUGUAUAAAUUUGUCCAGCUUGACAUACCUAGCAAAAAUAAUGGCUGGGGUGGGGUAUCUCACUUGGUGGGGACUGGGGAGGUGAGUUUAAAUGGACUGGAUAUAGAUUCGCCUACUUGCCCGGUUGCAAUUGUUUGUGGAUAAGUGAGAAGCUCAAUAUCCCGACAUCCUUUUGGCGGUAUAUGUACAGUAAAGUGUAAAAAUGAGUGAGGUGCACACAUCUAUGUUAAUAGGUAUGCCGGCUUGAAUGCAACUGCAUUGAAUCUAAAUAUAUCGCUGUGCUAGCUGUACUUUA